GCGCCCCAAUUGCUCUCAGAAGAAGUAAAAGAUUGAUGCAGAAGAAAGAUUUAUUGACAAAUCUACCGCAAGAGAUGAUGAUAGAGAUCUUGGGAAGACUCCCGAUUAGUAGUAUUAUAACAUGCACGCAUGUUUGUAAAUCAUGGCGCAAUCUGAUAAAAGGGGGUGACUUUGCAACGUUGUAUACUCCAAAACCCGGCUUCGGUUUCGUGCAUCGAGCCAUGGGCUACGCUGUCUGCGACGAGGACUACAAGCCACUUUGCCAGUUCGGCUUGCCUCCUCCUCACAAACAAGAUUCAACUACUGCUUGUGACCGUGCAGUAGUUGGUUCGGUUGAUGGUUUGCUUUUGGUGCGGGAUGGAUGGAAAAUAUUGAACGAAAUUCUUUUCGUAUGCAAUCCAAUUAUAAGUGAAUAUAUCGAUCUCCCUCGUCCGCCUACACGUUGCUGUGUAUUCGGAUUUGGAGUUAGCAAAUUAAGUGGGCAAUACAAGAUUUUAUGUGGCGAUUAUUGUGCGUCGUGUUAUGUAUACACUCUAGGAAGGGGAGGAGGGUCAUGGCGAAGCAUUGGAGCAGCAAUUGGCCGCCCUAGACUGCCUCGGGAAAAUGCAGUAUUUCUGAAUGGAAAUCUUCACUGGUUGACAUCUGAUCCAGAGAGGAAUCCCUUGAUUUGUUGUUUCGAUCUUGAAACUGAACUCUUUACAAGUUAUUCGCUUCCUCCUCGUUAUUAUGGUAACCCUCAUAGAUAUUGUUUAUAUAUGAAUGGCGAAUAUCGAUUAUGUAUUUUGGAGGGUAUGCUAUGUUUAUGCGAUAUUUUAGUAUGUCAUAUUGCUGUUAUAUGGAGGAUGAACAACUACGAGGAUGCGAAUUCUUGGGUAAAGGCAUUUACUAUCCAACUAGAUGUUUGUGAAAUUCUUUUACCGCUCAAAGUUUCUGCAAAUGGCGACUUGUUGUUUACGACGAAUACAGAUAAUAAACUAUUUACCUACUCCAAGAACACUGGGCAUAUUGUGAGAUGUGAAGGGAGUGACUUUGCAAAGUCGUAUAAUCCGAAACCAGGCUUCGCUUUCGUGCAUCGAACCAAGGGGUAUGCUGUCUGCGACGAGGCUUGCAAGCGGCUUCGCUGGUUCAACUUCCCUCCAAAAAUUGAAGUUACAACCCUCGGCUGCUAUCGUGCGGUAGUUGGUUCAACUAAUGGUUUGCUUCUGGUGUGGGAUGGGUCGAGUAGAUGUAACGAGAUUCUUUUCGUAUGCAAUCCAAUUACAAGUGAAUAUGUUGAGCUUCCUAGUAUGCCUAUGCAAGGCAGCGUGUUCGGAUUUGGAGUUAGCAGAUUAAGUGGGCAGUACAAGAUUUUAUGUGGUAAUUAUUAUACGACAUGUCAUGUAUACACUCUAGGAGGGUCGUGGAGAAGCGUUGGAGCUGCGAUAGGACACCCUAGACUCCCUCAGGAUAAUGCUGCAUUUGUUUGUUAA